UCUGGGUAAGACCGAAACAAUGACACAGCCAAUAUUUAUAUUUCUAUUUAAAAAAAAAACACAAAUAAAAAGAAAAAACUGCUCUGGUGUACAUUAUUGAAUUGGAUUCUCGACAACAGGAGGAAGAAGCUUCUUCUUUGAUUUUAAACCAUUAGAAUUUGUUUGUUCGUUUGCUUGGAUCGGAAUUUAUUCAUCAGGCUUGGGAGGGAGGGAGGGACUGUCGGCGAUUUUUGGAUCAAAUCAAAUGAAAUGGCUGAAGAUUGUUAAAAUAGUGUAAUUAUAUAAAGAAAUGGAAAAGACAAGUUCACCCACGCCCGGAACUGGUAGCUCAGCUUAUCUGAACGCUCUCACUGUUGAAAUCGAGAAAAAGCUGCAAAGGGCACUAGCUUCUCCAACUCAGAGACGUAACUUGUUACAAGAGUUGUUUGCUGACAAUGCUUUGGAAGUUGAUGAUCGCGCUCGAGGUAUAAUUUUCAGCAGGGAAGAAGAUUCAAUUUCUCCUGUGGAAGAUGAUGCUGAUGGCCAACUGUGCUUUUUCAACUUGCUCGCUGAUUAUUAUGUUAGGGUACCUGAGAGUGGAAAACAAAUCCUUCAUCUGAUUCUCCAACUCUGGAGCCAGUCAUUUGCAUCACAUAUUUUCUUUCUUUUGUUCCAUAAAUGGCUUUUUGAAGCCCAGCUGGAUAAUACUGAAGUACUUCUACGUUUCUCAUCUGCUCUUGUUCAAGGUGCUACAAAUGUUUUCUGGAUUGACAUCCAAACAAACACAAGGCGCUUCCAGUCCCUAUUUCAGUAUCUCCUUGAUGAAGUUGCCUUGGCGCCUAUGCAGUUGAAUAAAAUUCCGGUGCAGGCCCAGCGAGAACUGUUUCUUUUGCUCUCAAGGUUCACCCUCUUUUACAACUCAGUUGACAAGCACGAGAGCUUCUUAAAACAGUUUCCUGUUUUUCUAAAUGCUUUCUUGGUUGGUGGCCCAGCAGACUUCUUUGUUAUUGAAGUUGCAGACCAGCUUCAAAAGUUAAAGGUGGAACCAGUUCUAUUGCAUUACCUUUCACACAUUAAAGUUCUCCAAGGCUUGGAAUUGAGAAUGACCACAAGUACAAGAUUGAAGGCAUGUUUGUAUAGCUUCACUUCUCCUGGCGGUCCAAUGUAUCCCACAAGAGCUGUCCGUCAUGCCGCCUGGGAUUCUUUGGAUUUGCUUUUCCCUGUCGGGCAGUAUCCUCGACAUCUCAUAAGCCUCUUUUUUCGACUCCUGUAUCCAUGGUGCUGGCCCUCUUCAUGUUGGAGUUUCAUAAUAUCUUGCAUUAAGGCGGUAUUCUAUUCUCUGUUGGGGCUGUUGUUUUCUAGCUGGGAUAAGCUGAGAGAGCCAAAGAACUACUGAACGGUGAUGACAAAAUAUCUUGGCUCCCCUGAAGCCUGAACUUGCAAUUUCAGCUUGAGAUGUAUAACAUUCCAUGUUAUUUUGUGUUGUAUAAGCGCUAUUCUUUUGCCUUGGCUACCCUCUCAUUGUAGCCUCUGAGGGUAUUGUCCAUAUCUUCUUACCCGUUUGAAAAAAAAAACAUUUAUAUUAUAAUUGGAUGCAUAAAUAAAUUGGAUUCUUUGACAUUA